AUGGUUUAUCAGUUUCUUAAGGAACAGGGCACUCAGAACAUACCACUGGUCAAGGAGAUGCAUCAAUAUGGCAAACCAGGAGACCCAUUUCAAUUCACGGUCAUGUCUCGAGCUAAAGGAGUGCCGCUGCACAAUAUAUGGAAAGGCCUGUCUCCCGAAGAAAAGCAGGGCUAUGCUCAACAGGUCACAGCAGCACUCCGAGAACUACGCCAGCACACGUCACCGGUUGCUCGGCGGAUAGAUGGGAGCCCUCUCAUGGACUACAUCAUAGGACAAUGUGCGCCGCCAAGCAUGUGCAAGCAAGUUGGAAAGACUAAGGAAGAAUGGUUUGAUGGUAUGGCUGAGGAGCUUCGAGUUGGCCUCUCAAACUCCGAAAAACUCAAUAGCGACGACAAAGAUGUCAUUGAAGCGAAGCUACAGGAGCUUAAGGACAACUUUCCAGAUGGGGGGCCAUAUGUCCUUACGCAUGCUGAUCUUAACUUUGGCAACAUUAUGGUCCACGACGGGAAUAUCGAGGCAAUCAUCGACUGGGAAUCUUCCGGAUACUAUCCCUGGUGGGUUGAGCGCUGGGCAUCCUACGUACGAACAUUGCGUUGUGAAGACUCAGAUGAACUGUUUGAUAUUGUUUGGGCAGAGCUCGACCCAGACCUUGAUAUAGAGCAGUUUGUAAGCAAAAUCCUCGACCCUGUCGAAAACGUCAUCAGCACGUGGAGGUGCUGCCCUAUUGCGCACACUGAGUCUCAUGACAUUUGGAUGCGCCCGGCUUGGUGUGAAUGUAAACCAAUUGGAGGGCUGAUUAGGAGGAAGGAGUGGGACUCGGAGCUAAAGCAUUCCAUCGGACCGCAAAGGAAAACUUGGAGCAGAGACAGAUAG